GCAGUGAUUCGUUAUGGAAGGGAAGUUCUUUUCCAUGGAAAUCAAAGCACCGGCGACAAUUUCCAUGGCGUUCCAAACAUAGACCACUCAGAACACUUUGUGAGGAAAUACAUUAUAGGUUGGCUGCAUUGGUUGUGUAACAAUGGUGGAUUUGAAUAUUUUCGUUUCGAUUUCGCAAGAGGGUAG